UAAUAUUUUCUAAUAAUUCCAAUUGUUUUAUCAACUAAUAAUUAUUUUCAAAAAGGAACACCAAGUAAAGGUAAACGUAAAGCACUUCAAGUUCAACCAAGAUUUCAGUAUCAUUUUUGGGAUAGGGAUUACAUACAUGAAUGAGCCCAUUUCAGAAAACGAUUCGAAAACAGACGCAUUUCAACUCGGAACAACGUAGAAAUCAUCCGUGAUGGAAAACAACAAAAUAGCUGCCUCGAAGCUAUUUGUACACACAUCUGUGGAUUUCAGAGACGAGCUCGAAGAGAAAUAUGAACGCGCAUACCACUACUUACAAACCACAACCACGGGACUAAGUGAUAAGGAGUUUCAUGAUACUCUACAAGGUCUCGUGUGCAAACACGAUAAACAUCAUGAGGACAUUUCCUUGGGCUUAGUUUAUGUGAUGUUAACGGAGCCCCUAGCCGCGCCAAAGACAUAUCGAGACCUUACACUUAUCACACGAGACGGCCUAGCCUUUGUAAUUAAUAAUUUGUCAGUACUGGUCGUAGAAAAGUAUCAAAAGCUCAGUGAUAUUGCUAAGAAACAACUGAUUUGGCUAGUACGAGAGCUCGUCAAGAAUCAAGUACAGACAGUUGAUAAUUUGGUAUGGAACGUUUUGCGACAAGCAAGUGGAGGAGAUGUUAGUCCCCGAAAUUUGGCACUAAUUGAGGGACUCUUGGAUAUCUUUAUUGAUCAUCGAGCAUGGCUGGAUAACGUGCCAAUAAUCAUAAGUGCUGUCAUCUAUACGUAUGUUCGGCUAUUAGAAGACCAUGCGGCACCACAAUUAACAGCUUUACGCAAUAAAGAAGUAAAGUUUAUCAUAUCAUUAAUUCGAGAGAGAUUCUUGGAGACCAUUGCCCUUGGGCGAGAUUUUGUUAGAUUAUUGCAAAAUGUGGCGCGAAUUCCUGAAUUUGAUGCAUUAUGGAGAGAUAUCCUGUUGUCUCCAAAAACACUUCAUCCUCAAUUUACUGGAAUCUGGCAGAUCUUACAAACCCGCACUAGUCGUCGUUUUCUUCAGUGUCGUCUAAAUCCGGACAUGGAGCGAAAACUAAUAUUUCUAACAAACAACGUAAAAUUUGGAAAUCAAAAACGGUAUCAAGACUGGUUUCAAGACAGAUACUUCGCUACACCGGAGUCUCACAGUCUACGGUCAGACCUUAUUCGUUUCAUCAUAAAUGCUAUUCAUCCAACAAACGACAUGCUUUGUUCCGAUAUAAUUCCUCGAUGGGCAAUCAUUGGAUGGUUACUCACUUCCUGCACAAAUACAGUUGCUUUAGCAAAUUCCAAGCUUGCCAUUUUCUACGACUGGUUAUUUUUUGACCCUCAAAAGGAUAAUAUAAUGAAUGUGGAGCCUGGAAUCCUCGUGAUGUUUCACUCGAUUCGAAAUCAUCCAAUGGUCAGCACGACAUUACUGGAUUUUCUCUGUCGUAUUAUGCGAAAUUUCUAUCCAAAAGGCGAGGACAGGAUACGUGCUGGUGUUUACAACUCCCUAAGGAAAAUACUAGAAAAACAAGUGAUUCCCAAUUUACAGCCAUUAUUUGAAUCACCAAAACUUGACAAAGACCUUAAGCUACUAAUACGCGAAAGCUUUCCCGACUUUUUCAACUUUAAUUCGAUCAAUAAUAUCCCUGAUCAUUUGCAAGAUGCUCCUUCAGAUGAUCGAUCAUCUGUAAAAGAAACGUGGAAUGAAAGAAUUUUUGGACAUUCAGAUCAUAUAACUUCUCACUUUGUUGGAAAUUCAAUCCUGCAAAAGCAUGAUUCAUUCGGAAGCGAUGGAAGUAUCGAGGCAAAGUUCAGCGACGAUGAGGAAGAGCCAUCCACUGAAAUUGUAUCUUUAAAAACAGAAGGAAAAUCACUAGAAGAUGAUACAGACGAUGAUGAUAUUCCCUUGUCUAAGGUCCGAUUAAAAGAAAAACCAGAAAAAUUGGAAAAGGUAGACUUACCAAGUUCCAUUCAAAAAUCCUUUGAUCGCUUAAUGGCCACAAAAACAAUAGCAGAUUUUGAAUCAUUUUUAACAGACUUUCGCACAAGUAAUUUUACUAUGGAUAACGAACAAGAAACAUACCUCUUUAACUCGGUAACCGACUUGAUGCGUGCCACUUUACCUGUAGAAAAAACUGUAUAUCCUGAAUCGAAAAACGAUGAAAAGUUGGCCGAAAGCAUAAAUUAUCCCCUGUUUUCUCUAUUCAAAAUAAUGUACCAGUAUGAAGAGAAAUGUAAAAAAUGUAUCUUAGAUCUAUUGUUGGCCACUCACAAUCGAAUGCCAAACACAACUGGCUAUAUGUUAUGUUACUUCCUGAAAGUUUAUGCCAAACUACAAUCGCGUAAAAGUCAAAAUUCGAGUCUCGUUUUUAAGACCAACGUGUACAAAUUAUAUUGUGAUACAAUUAAUGAAGAGCUAGCAACGCAACUAACCGCAGAUUUGGCUGCACUAGAGCAAUAUUCAGCACCAAUGUUUUUAUGGUUACUGCCUGACAUUUAUAGAGAAUUUAAGGAUCAGAUGAUUAACAAUUCCGAAGCUCUUCAAACAGUGGUGGGUUGUGUCGACGCAAAAAAUCUACGUGAUCUUGUAUACAGUGUAACACAGGGAAAGUUGGUGAUAUUUAAGCAAGAAGGGAUCUUAAGUGUGGUCAGGGACUCUCUUAGUUAUGAAACAUAUGAACAAUUUUGUGUGUGGCAGCUUAUACAAGCUCAUGAUGUGCCUAUGGAAUACUUACAGGACCUCAUACCCGAACUGGAAUCAGCGAAUCAUGCCGAGGCUCUUACGUCUAUGUUGAUGCUGCUAAAAUACGAAACACCAACUACUGAAUUGAUACGCUUGUUAAUGAGUAGAGAAACAAAGAAUCGAGGAGAUCCCUUUGUUACAUCAGCUUUAAGAUAUUGGUGUAUUGAACAUGAAGAGACAUGCUCUGAGAUAAUAGCAAGCUUAUUAACAUCUAAAUAUCCAAUCAAUUCACCGAAUAAGCGUAAAAGGCCUUUAAAGAGCGCAACAACAAGUGGAAGCUCACCCACAUCCGAACAGCUUCUUAAUCACUUGGAACAUUUUAGACGAAGUUGUCGUCAUGGAAAUGGUACUGGAACUGGAUUAUACGUUCAAGACGCGAUGCAAAGAGCACUCCAACAGGCUUUUUCUCACAGUACAGAAACUCAAAAAAAACAAUUUAGUGAUCUAUUUGGACUUGCAGCCGAAGAUGAAACAAGUGGAACUGUUAGUAGACGAGGAACAAGUAGUCGAGGUCGUAAGGCCGCACCUGGGAAAAAAGACUCAAGUGGAACAACAAAUUCCAACAGCAAAAAGUCCCAGGAACCUAUUAACAAUUAUUCAAGCGAAGAGUCAAGUGAUGAGGAUUGGUCCAAACAAAAACCAUCGUCAAAACGCAGAAAAAAAGCUCUAAGCGACUCGGAUUGACCAACUCACCAACAGUUAAUAUCUCACAAGACACAAUAUCAUCACAAAUUUGGUACGACUAGACAUUCAAGCAGUAUUUCCAAAAGUUAUUGUAACAUUCUCCUGCAUCAGGAUAACUCGAAAAAUACCAAUGACGACGCAGUCGUAGAGAAAAAUGAUGAUAUCUUGUCAUUAAAAACCUUGAUUUCGAACCACAAUUGAGGAUAAAGACUUUUUAAUAUGAAAAUGGGAUCACAUUUUUUAGUUUUAGGAAAGGAAUUUUUUGUUCUUUCUAUAGACUGUGCACGUUAUACAGUUAAAAGAAUCGUGUUAUGAUAAUUAUUAGGUGAAACUUUUUUCUUUAAAAAACUGAGAACUUAUUAGAAACGGAUUCUAAGAGCAAAGAUAUACUGAGUCCUCAAUAAAAUUUAGUGAUAGUGUACAAAAGUCUAAGAAACAAUAGUUAAUUAAUAAUUAAUUAGUGAUUAUAUGAUUAGUUUUUAUUAUCAAAAUAAUAA